AUGGCAAAGUCACUCCGUCUCCAAGACAAAGUCGCCAUCGUAACCGGUGCAUCUUCAGGACUCGGUCGAGCUAUCGCCGUCAGAUAUGCACGAGAAGGCGCAAAAGUUGUCUGCGCCGACUUGACGCCAACAGCCCGAUCGCAAGAAGAAGCCGAGAUCACAACACACGACUUGAUAGCCGAAAAUGGAGGGCUUGCGAUAUUCGCGCAAACUGACGUCGGAGACGCGACACAAAUGGAGCAUUUGGUUCAGGUAACCGUGAAGGAGUACGGCCGACUUGACAUUCUGGUCAACAAUGCUGGAAUCAGCAUCGAGGCACGCGCACCAGCUGUGCUACAUUUGACGGACGAAGCUACAUGGGAUACGACGAUGCGGGUGAACAGCAAGUCUGUGUUCCUGGGCUGUAAAUAUGCUCUUACGCAGAUGCUGGCGCAAGAGCCACAUUCUUCGGGGGAUCGAGGAUGGAUCAUCAACAUUUCAUCUAUUAUGGGCAUGAUUGGAGGCCCGGAGAAUCCUUCUUAUUGUGCAUCAAAAGGGGCAGUCAGCCAGUUGACGAGACAGAUGGCUCUGGAUUAUGCGCCUCAUCGAAUCCAUGCUAAUGCAAUCUGUCCUGGCUAUACCCAAACUGCCAUCUUCAAGGAGACAACCACUCAUUUGACUCCUUGGUCGGACCUGAACCGCCGACAUCCGCUGAAAGGCCCGGGUCUUCCAGACGAUAUCGCCAGGAUGGCUGUUGUUUUGGCAAGCGAAGAUGCCAGCUGGGUUACUGGAGUUUGCUUGCCGGUAGAUGGAGGAUAUACGGCUCGGUAG